AAAACAAAAAAAAAACCAAGACAAACAAGACCUCUUCAACGGCUGAUUGCAUAAGGGCGAUUCGAAUCGCUCACAAAACGCGUCAACGAGAUAAAAACGCGUCGACCGCCGUGCAGCCGCUUCAAUUGAUCGCGCGUCGUUGUCCAAGUCCAAGUCCAAGUCCAAGUUAAGAGACCAACUUCGUCAUCGGCCCACACAGUUGAACUUGAAGUUUUUAUUUUACAACAAGAUAUAAUAAUUUUAAAAAUAUAAAAAAAAAACCUGUGCUCAUUUCCCAAAACAGAUUUAAUCAAUUAAAGUCGCGUUAAAUCUUCAUAAAAAGACAAAAUGCAAAUCAUUCGUUCGAGUGUGCUCCUUUUCCUCGGAAUAUGUUUUAUGUUCCUUCUCCAAGAUGCCUCCGCCGGUAAAAUUAAAUUGCUGGCCUUUAAGGGACCACGUGCCGGCUUUGUAGGUCUCAAAGUACGCACUCCAAAGCUGCUUGGCCUAAAGAGCGGAUUGGUGGGAGGAGCAGCUGGCUUUGGACUUGGAGCGGCUGUGGGAGCAAAGCUGGGUGCUGGUCUGGCAAGCAGCCAUGGCAGUGGCAUUGGAGGCGGUUACGGCGGCGGAUAUGGUGGCGGAUAUGGCGGCGGAUUUGGCGGAGGAUACGGUGGAGGAUACGGCGGAGGACUGGGAGGGGGGUAUGGAGGUGGCUUCGGAAGAAGCAGUGGCUAUGAACAUCACGAAUAUCACCAGGAAAGCCAUUACAGCGGAGGAGAAAGUUUUGGAAGUGAACAGUGGGGAAAAUAGGCUUUAAGCUGUUAUUAGUGAAUUAUCAUUUCCUUGCCAUCAGAAUGCAAAAUUAUUUGUUAUUUAGUUAUAAUUCAUUUGUUCAUCUUUGUUAGUAAUAAAAUUGUAGUUAUAAACAA